CAGAAAAUUGAUGGAAUAAAACAUAACCUACAAAUGGUAACGAGAACAGUACAUUCGGAGUAAAUUGUACUGUAUCCUUAACGAACUGUGGAGUAUAUUUCAACACAAUGAUUCCACGUAUCACAUACAUUUGCUCUCAGCUAGUGAAGAAUAUAGAGCGCAACUUGUUUCAUAUGUUUGGACAUCCACCAAAAGAGCUCGCAUUGGCGUAUGUCCACGAACAUAAGCCAGUCUCAUCACCGCAGAAGUUUUCUUUAAAGGAUAUUAUUGGUGAUGGCAUGCUAUGGGCUGUUCCGAAAUUCCGUCGCACCAACGAAAGGAAGUUGAAGAGAAAAUUUGGUUCUCCAGAAUAUGUGUUGAAAAUACUUCUACCAAAGAAUAACAUUAAAGUGUGUCAGGAUUGUGGCCAUCAUCAUGAGAAAGGACGAUUGUGUGAACAUUGUUAUACUAAAGUGAAGAAGGAAACUCAAGAAAUUCAAGACAAAAUACAGGAGAAGCUUGGCCUAAAUCCUAUUGAAAAUGAUGUUGUAGUCUUAUAUGAGGGAGAAAAGCUUCCAGAUGAGCCAAAAGAGUUCUGGAAUGGCAAGAGGAUAGUUGAGAUGAAGAAAGAAAGACCUCAAUGGUUCAGCAAGAAUCUGCUACAAAAAACGACACAGCAACCUUCAGAUUCAACAGAUGUAAAACCUACUGAUUUAGCUUAGUUUGUUUCUUAUGAGGUUUACUUAGUAUUUAGUAUAAAAACCAACAAAUAAACAAUAAUUAUACAAGUA